CAUACUUUAUUUUAGAAAAAGCAUCCAUUUUCGCGACACGUUCAUUGAGUGGUGGCUCCAAGGUUUGAAUUGAUUCAGAUUGGAAGGAAAUUUAGAAAUUGUAGCCAUGUCCAAAGCAAAUACUCAACCGAAAUACAAUUUAGGUCUGUUAGAGACGCCAGCUACAGCAGACCAGAGUGAAAUAUCCACUAUUGAUGGAUCUAUGAUAGAGUCAGAUACAAGUUCUACCCAUGGUCGCCAUGUUUCACCUUGGUCAUCAUCGAAAAGGGUAUCAUCAUCAGGUCCUACGAACUACAGCAACCUAACCUCAGGUGGCAGUGUGAGUACUUUGGACAGAAGAGCUAGAUAUAGCACAGGUCCUUAUAGCAGUUUGAGCAGUGGAGGUUGCAGUUCAAGCUUCAAUGCCACACCAUCCUCCAACAGGACCCCUCGGGUAUCUAGUUCCUCUCGUACGUUCGGUUCCCGGCGCACACCUCACACCGGGGGAAGCAGUGCAGCAACUCCAGGGCCUACCACUCCUGCUGUUAACUGCACAACACUUGUUGGUUUGUAG